AAAAUAUUUGUUUUGAAUUCUAAUUGUUAUUUACUAUAUCUUUGAAUUGUUAAUUAUAAAUAUUAUAGAAUAGCUGUUUGAGAAAGAAAUUACAAAUUGUGACAGCAUUAAGUGAUAUAAUUUAUAUCGCGUACAGCAACAGCCACCGAUUUCUGAGGUGUCGCUUUCUGAUAGUCUAUUUUUACCGAAGACGACUCAAGGCAGUCAGAAAGUUGGUAUAGCGACGACUAGGCGCUAUUAUAAAGCAUCGUGUGCUCAGCGUGCUGUAAUUCAUUUAAGUGAACGUUGUAGAUAAGAAAAAAAAUCUUACAGAAAAAAAUUAAUAUAGUGCUUUAUUCGUUGAAAAAUAAAAAUAUACAAGUGGUGAAGAAAGCUUAAAUAAACGACACGCUAAAGCCUUUAAAAGAUUGAGCAUUUGGACGACUCCAUUGGAAGAAAGGUUCAGUUACGUAUGUAGGUGAAUCGAAAAAAAAGCAAAUGUUUAAUGUUAAACGAUGUAGCUGGAGCAUAAAAUUUUCUAUCAUGUUUGUAAAGAAAUUUAUGGUAGUCUGUUUGAUAUAAAAAUAAAUCUUUCUUCCGUAUUUCGCUUUCUUUGCAUAAGUUAUACAUGAACGAGUUAAUACUACCGGCGAUACUAGUGACUGCUAGCCACUAAGUGCCGCACUGACGGAAUUGCCGCGGUUGUGUGCCUAGUCAGCCACCUCUUGUGUCUGACCGGCCACAUCCGUGCGUGCCAGGGAAUAUUUUGUAAGAUGCGAUUUUGUCUCUCAUGGCGAGGGAGCCUUCGUCGUGAGAAUCGUUCACUUUCCGUACGGUCCACUUUGUUCGAAGUAUUAGUACUCGCGGAUUACGUAAAUUGGAAAAAAAAAUUGUAGCAAAAAGGAAAAUCAUCGUAAGAUAAGGAAGAAAGAAACGAGCGAACUGUGAGUUCACGUCAAAAAUGAGGAGAGCACCGUUUGAUAAACAUAAUAAUACGACACGGGACGUUUUGAGCAACACGUAUAGUUCAUAUAGAGUCGCGUCUGAUUCAAAGGAUGCAGAGUAUCAGUACAGCGUAAAUUAUAGCAAUAUACAAGAGAAAAAUUAUCUGCAACGAAGUGUUUCUGCGGACAAUGUUGUAAUACGUUCCCGCGGUUUUAAACCCUCUGAUAGGCACGAUCCCGUGAAGAGGAACUUCCUUGAGAAUCUUACUUCAAAAAUAUUGCAUUUCGAUAUGGAGAGUAAUGAAAGUGCGCCAGUCAACUUACAAAAAUUACUCACUCCUGCUGCAGAUUCGCAGGGAAUUAUGCAAUCUAAAAAUAGAAAAAUGUUUGCAUCUUCAUAUUUUUACGCGCCAACACAUCCAACCGUUGAGGAUCAAGUUGAACUCGCUCGGCGAAUUUCGCAUUCGUUAAGCGAUGUAAAAAAUAUGAAAAGUAAAGGUCAAUCUAUGUAUGUGAACAGAAAAAAAAGAUCGGUUAAAUGGAUUCAUGAUGGCAAUGGCGUAGAAGACGCAGAAGAACCUUUAACACCUGUUCACAGAGAUAAAAUUCCAUUAAAAUGCAUGAUGAACCCGCAUGGAAAAGUAUUGGAUAUACAUGGUAUUCAAGCUUUAGGGGAAGAAGUAAAUAUAGAACCAAUGCCAAAAAAUCCCGAAAAACUUUUUGAUAUCGUUCGUGAUUUAAACAAUCAAAGAGGCCGUGGUGCUGAAAUAUUCGCAAAACGCAGAAAAAGAUCUGAGAAAUGGGUUGUAGACAAAGAUCAACCACAAACGCCAAACACACUUGGUAUGCCAAAAAUGCCAAUAUAUAUGGGAAAAUCGAUACAGGAAAUGAAUGGCAGUUCAAAAUAUUCAAGUCUUCCUUCGCCUAUUGUACCUGAACCAACCAAUGAGAAAUCAUUUUAUAAUCCUUUUACCGUGGACUUGUCUUUAGAUAAUAUAAAUCAACCGACGACAGGCCGAAAUCAAAAUCGAUGUAAUGGUAAAGAGUGCAACCAUUUAACUGAAGUAAAAAAAAUUUAUUUAAGAGAAGUGGCUGUUGGUACUGAUAAUGAUUUUCCUUUUGAUAAAUCUCGAUCGUCGUCGAUAGUUGAGAAAUCACGUCGAAUUACUUUCGAGCCUGAUAUCGAUCGACAUAACAAUUAUCAUGCCAGAAAUAACACUAGUGAAAAUAUGAGAUAUGAAAUCACUAACAGACGUAACUAUAAUAAUUACAAUAAGGCUUUGCUGAAUAAAUCUAAUGCAUAUCACGCUACUAACAAAGAAAUUAAAAAUUAUGUGAAAGAACAACGGUUAACGGAAUGUGUAAAAAGCACUGUUAAUGAUAAAGAAAAAUUUGUAAAUACUCAACGGGAAAUUGAUAAUGAAGAAAACGAAUACACACCAAUACCGGUCAAACAAUUAAUACAAGAAUUUGAGAAAACAUGUAGACCAGUUUUGCAGUACAAACAAUUCAGUCCAAAGGUUAUUCCAAUUGUACAACAGUCUCCUCUUGAUAACGAUAUAACGCGAUUUUUUGAAACACAAAACUCGAUUAAAUACAACUCUGAAGAAAAGCAUAGGAGAAUAAAUGAACGACAAAGAUACGAAGAAGAAAGAUACCAAGAUCACUGUACCAAUGGUUUCAUUUCUACCGAUGACACGGAAUAUACAAGUGAUGGAACCGAUUCCCAAACGAACGACUAUAGCGAGGAAAUAAUCUACCGUGAAAAGUCAGAAUCCUCGAGUAUAAUGAACGGCGAUCAAGAAUAUUCGUCGAUUUAUCGCGAGGAAUGUUCCUCCAGUCGACGUCGGUCCGUCACUUCCGAAGAAGUAGAGAACUUUUGCAACAAUGGAAACGAGAAAUUCGUAAAUACAGAGUCGGAAGUUCCUCCGGAAGCGAAGUCGUUAUUGCUCUCGAUGAUUGCUUCUCAGGAGGACAUUUUGGAAACUAUUAAACAUUUGCGUAAUACGCCCGUUCUGGACAAUUUAUUGCAUGGCGUUUCGCCGGAUUGUAAAUUCACCGAUGUGUGUCCAGAUUCAAGCGAUGUAGGUAAAAAGCUUUAUGAAAAUAAUACCUACACAGGACCAAAACUUGCUAGUGUUCACAAUCUAGCUAAUUAUAAUACGGCACCUCGAGGAUGGGAUCAAUCUUUGACAUAUUAUCGACCAAUAAAAUUCGAGAAAUCACAAGAAAUUGUUUAUUCUGAUUUUUAAAUAUAAUUUGAAUAAUAGCAAUAUUACGUAUAUCGAAAUCAAUGAAUAUAAUUACAGAAUUGUUUUUUGAAUAUUAGAUUAUUUGACUUUUUCCCGUUAUAAUUCAUCUUUUUUUUUUUCUGAUAUAAAAAGAUAACAGAUUGACAAUAAUCAUUGUAAACAAGAUUCUGCAUCAAAAGAAAAUAAAUAAAUAAAUGUAUAUUUAUUUAUUUAUUAUUAGAUAUAUGUGUAAUAUAUUGUGCAGUACGCAUAUAUUUUGAAGCUUCGUUUUGUUUGAUAUAACUCUAUAUAUAUUUUCUCCAUUAUUGAAAUCUUGCUUCUUAUUUAUGCCCUUUAUUUAUGCUUUUUAGCGGUGUUAUUGCAUUUUACUUUAUAAUAUUAUUUCAAUAAAUAUUGUUUUCAUAACAA